ACUAGUCGGGGAAAACAGUCUUUUUCGUAUCUGAAAGUCAGAAAUAGUUGGUACCUUAUUAUUGUUUAUAUGCAUAUACACAUUGCUACUUUUUUCAAUGUCCAAAGUUUUGAUAUUGAAACAUUUUUGCACAAAAAGCAUUUUAUAAAAUUGUAUGUAAGUUUAAGUCGCUGGUACAGUCCUGUUAAUCCUUUUAUUGACUUAUUUAGACGUUCUAAAGUAAUAAUUGUAACUUCCACAUUCAGACAAAAUGUCUGGGUUGGUGAAGAAUGCUCCUGAUUUUUUGCCAGAUGAACCACCUCGUGUCAUGAAAGCAACUCAAAAGGAAAUGAUGGAUGCCAGAGUUCCGUUGCGAUUUCGUGAUUUCUGUGCGCAUCUGUAUAUACCAUUGAUGAAGUGUCGUUUUGAAACAGGGAAUGUGCCAUGGCGAUGUAAAGAAGAAAAACACGAAUGGGAAGAGUGUGAAGUUCAAGAUUAUUAUCGACGAAUGAGAGACAAGCAUCGCCAGACGUUAGCUCAACGUGCUGAAGAAAAACAAAAAUUAGAACAAGCAAAAUUAGAAGACACUGCAAAUUAAAUGGGAUUGUAUUUUUCCAAUAGUUUUUCAAUAUAUAUAACAUGUACAGAAGUUUACUCACUCAACAAACCACAAAUUUUUGUUUGCCUA